CUUGCUCUAAGACUAAGCCGAUCCGAUGCAGAAAGAUGUUAUGGCGUUGGCUAUGGAGUUUCAGCCGCGGAGUGAGAUCACCUGGAGGAGCGGUCGCUGGCCUUUUUCGCUCCCGUCUUCAGGAGGGAGAAUCCUUGCUUCUCGCCCAGGAGUCUACGCAGACGGAUAACAGCUGGCGUGGCAAGCAUCAGCAGCCCAAAACCUUUGGAGACAGGAAUGUCUACUGCUAUACUCCAUUAGAAGCCUUUACAUGGAGUACAUUGGCUGUUCUUGCUUUGGAAUUAAUGAAACAAGCCCACUGGCUGCAUUCUGUUCAACCAGAUGGAAGGAACACUAAAGUUUGUCAGUCAAAGCCAUGGAGUGCUGAUUUGUCCCAAUGUCAUCAAUCAGACCAACUUAGAAGAGGAAGAAUUAGUUAAAGAAGCUGCUUCUCAAGUGCAAGAAACAUUUCAAGCCAGCAUUUCAGUAGCAUCCAACAUCCUUGGACUUGAAAACAUGCAAGCUGAACAGUCCAAAAUGGCUUUUUGCUGUUUCAAAAUGGCUGCAGACCACAAUUAUAGCAAAGCCCAAUACAAUGUAGGAUUAUGCUAUGAACAUGGAAGAGGCACCACAAAGGACAUGACUAAGGCAAUCCUCUAUUAUCAGCGGGCAGCUCAUCAGGGACACCUCUUGGCUCAAUACCGCUAUGUAAAAUGGCUUUUCUGCUGCUGGUAUAAAGCAGUUAUGCAGAACCAGAAUGAAUUACCACUGAAAGAAAGAACCUGUCGGUCCAGUCCUUGCCUUCAGAGCCUUGGUCAGCCACUGAGUGUUCACUUGGGACAGCCAUCUGUUGCCUUGCUUCGCUCAUGGAGUAUAGGACAUCUGGAAGAUAUGGCAGAUAGUUGUGAACUGCAAUCCUAUUUGGGGUUACCUGAUGAAGUCUCCAUCAAACUACAGCCUUUACCCUGCUGUUCAGAAAUAGUAGUUGAUUAACAUAGAUCAUGAGGAAACUUCCUUUUCAGAAACUUGAAAAACAUAUAGUUACUUUUUAUAAGCUUAGAAGCAGAUAGACAUUUUGAAGUUAUAUUUAAUUGCCUCAUAAAUGUAUAACUUCUUACCUCGUACUGAGGUAAGAAGUUAUUGAAUUUUAUAACCAAACCCAGCUUGAAUGUACUAUUUCAUCCUACAAGUUUGUGUUCUCACUAACCUCAUGAAAGUAUGUAUUAACAUGCUUAUAUGACAACUUUUUUACAAACUUCAAAAAUAGUCACCAAGCUAAUUGCCUUCAUUAACUGUUUUGGAGAAAAUUUGUACUCAGUAUUUGAACUGAACAUUCUCAUUACAAUCAGACCAUGAAAAUGUUACAUGAGACAGGAGCUGACGUCGCAACAGUCGAUACUUUUGCUGCUGGAUGGUCCUUUUGGACCUAAACCGUCCCGAAGAGAUGGUGACAAGGAAGAGUACGU